AUGCUCGUUCAACCGAUGUUAGAAUAUCUGACCGUUGAGACGGUGGUGGUGGAUUUGACUGCAAUAUUGGGAGUGUUGACGAUCGCAUAUGUUGUUUAUAAUCGCCUGAUUCACCCCCUUCGUCACAUACCAGGUCCAUUUAUAGCAUCAAUUACACCAUGGGACCAGCUCUACCAUGGUCUCAUAGGCGACCGUCAUCUAUGGCUACACAAUUUGCACGCCAAAUAUGGAACUCAUGUGCGUGUAGCACCGAAUUUCGUUUCGGUCAAUACAGAUCGUGGACUCCAUGACAUAUACGGACAUGGGAAGCGAUUCCAGAAAUCAGACUUUUACAACGCCUUCCCGGCAAUAAAGGGCGUAUAUAAUACACACAACGCCAUCGAUAAGACCAUGCAUGGACGCAAAAGGCGGGUGUUGAGCCAGGCAUUUUCUGAGGCUGCACUCAAGGGCAUGGAGGAUGUAAUACUCCUCCACGUGCGGCAGCUUUGCGCAUCGAUGGAGGAACACGGCCCGAAUGAGUCGGAGAAUAAAAGGGGAAAAGGUGUUGUGCGAAACAUGGGCCGUUGGUUUAGCUAUCUCUCAUACGACGUUAUGGGCGAGCUAUGUUUCGGCAAGAGCUUCGAUAUGCUCAUAGCUGAGGGACGCAGGCACAUGAUUGGUUUGGUUGAUCGCGCAGCCAAUCGACAUUAUGUUUGUGGUCUAUGGAUGCCGCUAGACCGAUGGCAUCUCGACCAGAUUUUCAUUCGAAGUCUCACUAAGGACCGAUGGAACUUCAUCAUGAAUUCGCGUGUGGAGGCAAAUAAGCGAGCUCAUGAGCGAACCUCGGCCGGGCGCGAAGCGAAGAAGGACUUUUUCUAUUAUCUACUCAAUGCAAAGGACCCUGAGACUGGCAGGGGGCUCAGUACACCAGAGCUAUGGGGUGAGGCAAACGUUCUCAUGAUUGCAGGUAGUGACACGACCUCGACCACUUUGGCGGCGACAGUAUUCUACUUGGUGCGAACACCUGAAGCACUUGCGAAACUAUGCGCCGAAGUGCGCGGUGCUUUCACUGAAACCGAAGACAUAGUCAGUGGCACUAAGCUCAAUGAGUUGGUGUACCUCAAGGCAUGUAUCAACGAGGCCCUGCGUCUUGCACCUGCAGUACCUGGUGCCCCUCCACGUGAAGUUAUGUCGGGCGGCGCCGUCGUAGACGGAGUGUACCUGCCCGCAGGUGUAGACUGUGGCACACCCACAUACUCGAUUCACCGCCAGGAGAAGUACUACCGCUCAGCAGAGCACUUCAUCCCCGAACGCUGGAUCGAGGAAGCGACCUGCUCGGUGCCAGGUGUGUCUUGGAUAAACACCAAAGAGGAACUUGAGACAGCGCAACGGGCAUUUUGUCCAUUCAGCAUUGGACCCCGUGGCUGUAUUGGCAAGUCUAUGGCUAAUCUGGAAAUGCGAUUAACACUGGCUCGGUUGGUAUUUCUUUUUGAUAUGAAACUAGCCGACCGCCAGGGUGAAGAUGAGAACGGGCACUUGGCGUUGGUGGAUCAUUUUACCAGUGCAAAGGAUGGACCAAAUGUUGAGAUUAAGAAAGUGUAA